UCUCAGCUAUGCUACUACCCUACUAAAGAGAUGUUGUUUUAAGUUUUAUUUUACCCCUAAAAACAAACAAACAAACAAACAAAAAAAAACCCAAAACAUUGACUCAAGUGCUGCAACUUUGAACUCACGUAAUUACUUUUUUUUAAAAACUUACUUUUAGUUGGUUGUUGCAGAUUCACUGACGUUAAAGAUUUUAUUAGUGUACAAGUGCUGUGCUGCUCAUUACUUUUUAAGGGAUUAUAGCACGUACUGAAACAUCAGAGUGGGACUAUUUCUGUUCGUGCUGAAGUUGAACUGACUCGUGAUGGUUGUGCUGUCACCCAGGUUACUAAUUGUAGGAGUUGUAGUAGGUUUGACUUCAGCCGCUUUGGCUGGUGAAAUAAAUAAAGAAGACUUCUUGAAAAACCGCCUGAAGGAAUAUGGCCUCAUCACGCCCAUCAGCACUGACUCCGAGGGCCACUUCCUGUCACACCUGCUCUCGGCCAACCACAACCAGCGCACAAAACGUGACACGGCCGCCAGCUUGGAGCCGCCUGAUGAGAGGCUGUUCUUUAAUGUCACUGCCUUUGGCAAGGAGUUCCACCUGCGCCUUCGCCCCAACAAGAGGCUGGUGGCCCCCGGGGCCGUGGUGGAGUGGCAUGGUGAAUCGGAAGAGGCAGUCAGCAUAGAGAACGACACUCAGACAGACAGGAUCUUGAAGAGGGAGCUUCUCAGGACAGACUGCACGUUUAUUGGGGACAUCACUGACGUGCCCGGAGCCUCUGUGGCCAUAAACAACUGCGAUGGCCUGGCUGGCAUGAUCCGCACCGACUCGGACGAAUACUUCAUCGAGCCUCUGGAGCACGGCGCGGCGGAGCACAAGGAGAGCGGGCGGGUGCACGUGGUGUACAGAAGAUCGGCUCUCCUGAAACCCCACUCUGACUUCUCUUCUAACUGCCAGCCUCCUGAGUUUGAAGGCCGUGUGCCCGGGGUGCUGGACAACAUCGCCAAACAGGUCAACCACACAGUACGGACACGGAGGCAUGCAGGAGAGGAUGAUUAUAACAUCGAGGUGCUUCUUGGCGUUGACGAUUCCGUCGUACGCUUCCACAGAAAGGAGCACGUACAGAACUACCUCCUUACCCUCAUGAACAUUGUGAAUGAGAUAUACCAUGAUGAGUCACUAGGCGCGCACAUCAAUGUAGUCCUGGUGCGGAUGAUCAUGCUCGGCUAUGCAAAGUCCAUUAGCCUUAUCGAGCGUGGCAACCCAUCGCGGAGCCUAGAGAACGUGUGCCGCUGGGCCUUCGUACAACAGAAAGAAGACCCGGAGCACUCGGAGCACCAUGACCAUGCGAUCUUCCUCACCCGCCAGGGCUUUGGCCCCACUGGCAUGCAGGGAUACGCCCCAGUCACAGGGAUGUGUCACCCGGUCCGCAGUUGCACCCUCAACCACGAAGAUGGCUUCUCCUCCGCCUUUGUAGUGGCCCACGAAACUGGACACGUGCUGGGCAUGGAGCAUGAUGGGCAGGGCAACCGUUGUGGCGACGAGACCGCCAUGGGGAGCGUCAUGGCCCCUCUGGUGCAGGCAGCUUUCCACCGCUAUCACUGGUCCAUGUGCAGUGGGCAAGAAAUGAAGAGAUACAUCCAUUCAUAUGACUGCCUCCUCGAUGAUCCCUUCAAGCACGACUGGCCUCAGCUGCCAGAACUUCCAGGGAUCAAUUACUCUAUGGAUGAGCAGUGCCGCUUUGAUUUUGGAGUGGGAUACAAAAUCUGCACCUCAUUCCGCACCUUUGAUCCUUGCAAGCAGCUGUGGUGCAGUCACCCGGACAACCCUUACUUCUGCAAGACCAAGAAGGGCCCCCCACUGGACGGCACGGAGUGUGCACCUGGGAAGUGGUGUUACAAAGGUCACUGCAUGUGGAAGAAUGGCAACCAGGUGAAACAAGAUGGCGUCUGGGGUGCAUGGACCAAGUACGGCAUGUGCUCACGCACCUGCGGGACAGGCGUGCACUUUCGGACGCGUCAGUGCAAUAACCCAGCUCCAGCUAAUGGUGGUCAGGACUGCCAAGGAGUUAACUAUGAAUUCAAAUUGUGCAACACGGAUGACUGCCCCAAGCACUUUGAGGACUUCAGGGCUCAGCAGUGUCAGCUCCGCAACUCCCACUUUGAGUACCAGAACACAAAACACCACUGGCUCCCAUAUGAGCACCCAGAUGCCAACAAAAGAUGUCACCUGUACUGCCAGUCGAAGGAGACAGGUGACGUGGCGUACAUGAAGCAACUGGUGCAUGAUGGCACGAGGUGCUCUUACAAGGACCCCUACAGCAUAUGCAUGCGGGGGGAGUGUGUGAAAGUGGGCUGUGACAGAGAAAUUGACUCCAACAAGAUUGAAGACAAGUGUGGUGUGUGUGGGGGUGACAACUCCCACUGCAGAACUGUGAAAGGAACCUUCACCCGAACCCCCAAGAAAGCAGGUUACAUAAAGAUGUUCCUCAUCCCCCCUGGGGCUAGACAUGUGAUCAUCCAAGAACAUGAGGCAUCCCCUCACAUUCUUGCGGUGAAGAACCAAGCCACAGGACAUUACAUCCUGAAUGGGAAAGGGGAGGAUGUGAGGUCUCGCAGCUUCAUUGACCUCGGAGUGGAAUGGGACUACAUCAUCGAAGAUGAGGUUGAGACCCUCCACACGGACGGACCAUUACACGAUGCAGUCAUUGUUCUGAUUAUACCAAAGGACAAUGAGACAAGAUCCACACUGAUGUACAAAUACAUCAUACAUGAAGACUUGGUCCCAGUAAACAACAACAAUGUGAUUCAGGAAGACACGUAUGAGUGGGCUCUGAAGAGCUGGUCCCAGUGCUCACGUCCCUGUGCUGGAGGAUUCCAGUAUACCAAAUACGGAUGCCGAAAGAAAGGAGAUAGCAAGAUGGUGCAUAGGAGUUACUGUGACGUCAGCAAAAAGCCCAAACCUAUCCGUAGGAUGUGCAACCUUCAAGACUGCACACAACCACAGUGGAUAGCUGAAGAGUGGGAGCACUGCACUAAGACCUGCGGAAGCCUGGGAUAUCAGAUGCGCACUGUGCGCUGUGUCCAGUUCCUACAUGAGGGCACCAAUCGCUCCAUCCACAGCAAGUACUGCAGUGGGGAGAAGCCUGAGAUUAGACGACCCUGUAACAGAGUGCCCUGCCCUGCCCAAUGGAGGACUGGAGCCUGGUCUGAGUGCUCGGUGACCUGUGGUGAGGGGGUGGUGCGACGGCUGGUCACGUGCCGUAUCGGAGAUCAAUGCGGUGGGGAGAAGCCGGAGUCACAGAGGCCCUGCCGGCCAGGACCCUGCCACGAUGAACCUUGUGGAGGAGACAAGUCCAUAUUCUGUCAGAUGGAAGUCCUGGCUCGUUAUUGCUCCAUCCCAGGUUACAGCAAGCUCUGCUGCGAGUCCUGCGCUAAGAGGAGUGGCACCCUGUCUCCUCUCCCACCCGAGGCUGUCGAAGCAGAAGAGGAGGUACGCUACGGCCCUGCUUCACAGCUCCUGGAGACCCUCUCGGCCUCUGCCAAUGCCACCCUCAAGCUGUCCACCCAGGGCCCACGCGGACCCAAUCUGCCCAGCCGUUUCACCAAGCACACCUCCACCGCUACGCCCCACAGGCUGAAUGGCAGUACCAAGACCCUGAAACACCCUGCGCAGGCCCCUAAGCCCAGCAUCAGGAACCUGCCCAUCCUGGCAGCCCAUGGGCAGUGGAAUGACAGCUCCACCAACACUACUUCACGAUACUUGGAUAAUUCCCGAGACAGCAGGUGGCAUGAGGGGAUGUCCAAGGUGGAAAGAUGAAGGCGAACUUUAAACCUUGUUUUGUUUUUCUUUUGUUUUUUUCCUCAUGUUACUUUAGAUCAUACAUGUGAGAGAUUUAAAAGAGAGUGAGAGAUUAAAGUGCUGGUUCACUUUCUGGUUUCUAGGUCCUUCUCACAGGUGACAUACUGGAAUCACACUAAUCAUCCACACAACACCGCUGUUUCAGCAGAAUGCACCAAAGAUUGUUUGAAAGCAGUCAGAUGUCCUUUCUGAACAGCUUGAUCAUACGGGGUUUUUGCACAUUAGUGCCUAAAAGACACAAGUGGUACUUGUUAGUUAUAUAAAAUUUCAAGAAAAUCCAGCUCCUGUUACUGGCUGCAAACAUUUUCUUUGUUUAACAAGCAGAUAUUUAUGAAUGUUCCUGUAAAUACUGUAUGUGUAAAAGUCAGUAUUAUUUUUUACUAAAACAUGGUGCAAAUUUUUUAUGUAAGAUUUAAAUACAUUUUUUAAAUAGGUACCAUGAGCGCAGUACCUGCAUGUAACUAUUCUCAGUUUUUCCUGUCAAAAUACCCCAGCUAGUGUGAAAACCUUAGAAUGCAGUCAUCAGUCUUUGAACACUUUAAUUACCUGUGUCCAUCAAGGGGAUUAUUUAAUCAUAAGUUUUUUGUCUCUGUAACUGCAUAGAUCAAUGUCAAAACCAUCCCUUGGUAUCUCAUUCCUCUUCCUGAUAUUCUGUACUGUAUUCUCUUCUGUAGCUGAAAGCAUAUUUCAGCAGCAAGAGAACUGAAUGCCAAGAGACAUUUCGAGGUCAAGCCUGUCACAUGCACAAUGAGGUGUAUAGGGCAUGCAAGACUGUAUUUUGAAGGCAUUAUGUAGGAAUUACACCUUAUUAAGAGGAACAUAUUGUAAAAUGUGCUGUGCUUUUACCUGC